AUUGUCGUUCGUGUUCAAUAUUUGAAUGAUUUGGACCCAUUUAAUAAUUCUCAAAACUUUCUUGAGCCAACACGACCUGUACCCAUAACAUUCUGGUUGAACAUACCACUGCAAAAUCAAAUUAAUGAUGUCAAGAAACUUCUGCAGGCUCCACAUAAACUGGAAGAUUGUGCCCUGCAACUGUACAAGCAUCUUGACGGUCAACAGGGUGAGUACUGCUGCUACCUUGACCUUGAGUCCACACUGCAGGAUCAACAAGAUGAACUCGAUGAACUCAUCAAUCAGUUUGCAUUUGUUGUUGUUGUGGAUGUUGUUGGGAUGUUCAAAAGAAAUGUCUUGGUUCUGAGGACCCAGUUGUGCGUGCGUAAUUUGUUGAACUGCUCAGAGAAGGACUUGAAGAGGUGCCUUUUAAAGUUAAAGAGCAUGUUUCAGUUCAUAAUGAAUGAUGGCUUGGGUUGCUUCAUAAAGUUGGGUGGAGAUUUCGAUGGGGCAUGUCUCAUACAGAUCCUCAAAGUGCUCGGCCAGAUAAUGUUGUAUGUGGAUGGAAUGAAUGGAGUCAUCGAACACAACCUCACCAUCCAGUGGCUAUACAUGCUGGUCGAUACCAAUUUACGUUCAGUGAUAAAGAUGUCGUUGAAGUUGUUGUUGGUGUUCGUGGAGUACAAUGACACCAACUGCAUUCUGCUGACCAGGGCCGUCACCUUCGUCGAUGGCCAAUCAGGCAACAAACCAUGGAGCAACAUCAUGAAGCUGCUGCAUGACACCAACAAUAGCGACAAUGAGCUGCUUGUUUACGCCAUGACGCUCGUCAAUAAGGUUACACUCUCAGCGGUCCCAGACCAGGACACAUUUUACGACAUCACGGAUUCGUUGGAGGAGCAAGGAAUGGAGGAGGCGAUGAGGAAG